ACACACAACACAGGUGUGUACUACAUUCAGCUCUGCUUCACAGUCAAGAAUGAUGAAGGUCCUGCUGCUGGCUCUUGUUCUCACCCUGGUGUUGGCGAAUGUCUCUGCCCUGAAAUGUCACAACUGUGUCCCCCGCUCUGGAGGAAGAUGUGUGACCACUCAGGAGACAUGUGGCUAUAAAAAAGACGCCUGUGUAUCUGCCAGAUUCACCACAUAUCCCUUUUCCUACUUCCGGAGGUGCAUUGGCAUGGGAGAUUGCCUGAUUCUUCAAUCGAGUCCCUAUAUUACAGCCACGUGCUGUCAGUCAGACCUGUGCAAUUAACUUUAGACACACAUAUACAGUCUUAAAGGGACAGUUACUCAAACUACUUACUAAUGCAAGGCCAACAUAGGAUGUUACAAAACAAGUAAAUUUUAAUUUGUGUGAAUCUGUAGGCUACUAUAUUAUUCACAUUUGUAUUCAUAAGCUAUAAUCAUACCACAGCCAAACAUGAUUGUUGCAUGAAUAAAAUGAUGCAUUAAAGACA